GAACGAAAGAAAUGUGAGCGUUUUUGAUUUCCCACCAAAACAAAUAUUGUAUUCCCUCCUUUCCCUUUCUCUCUCCUUGUCUCACCUCAAAACCCUAGCCAGGCAAUUUUCCCCCAAUUCUCACUCACUCAAUCACUCUCACGGGCACACCACACUAUAUGCAAUUGCACACUCAUGGCAAACCCUAUCCUAUCCUUCAUUGAUCUUGUUGACGGAGGACUCAGCGAGGAAUCCGAUGAACACGAAUCUGAAGAAGAAGAAGACGAAUCCGAAGAAGAAGAAGACGAGGAAGAAGAAGGCACAGUGGACGCUGAUUCUGCUGUGUACCAUGCAGAUCUAACCGGUGCAGCCGGAAGUGCUCCUGAAACCGCGGCGGCGAGGAAUGGGGAUGAGGAAGUUGGAAAUAAGCGUAGAAGGAGUGGAGGAAGCGAAGCGGUGUCGGUGGAUGGAGUUGGCAGUGCAGAGUGCUCCCAAGGCAGCAGCAGCCAAUGGAAUCGGAACGAAAUGGACGGGCUAUUUUGCUCUAUCUGCUUGGAGCCUUGGACCAAUGACGGUGAUCAUCAUAUCAGUUGUCUUCCUUGUGGACACCUGUUCGGCAUGUCUUGCAUAAAACGAUGGCUACAGCAGCGUAGCAAUUCGGGGAAGUGUCCUCAAUGCAACAAAAAAUGCGCGUUGAAGGAUGUUAGGAAACUUUUUGUAUCCCAAAUUGUUUCUGUUGAUGAAGAGUCACAAAAGAGAAUUCGGUCACUUGAGGCUAAAUGUGAUUCUCUUGAGAAGAAGGAAUCUGCUUGGUGUAAGAGAGAAGUUCAAUGGAGAAAGCGAGAGCUUGAACUGCAAGAUAAAGUUCAACAUCUUACAGAGAGGGCAGCUUAUUUGGAGCAUCUAUUAGGAGACACACAGAACGGAACAUCUGGAGUAGUCAAUGCUAAUGGGGUCCGUGAAGGAAGAUUUGUGGCUGGUGAAAAAAUCUUAGAUGAAAGAUCCUAUGGGCGAAACUUUGGAUCAAAGUUUUGUGGACAAGCAUAUUCUUGCAAUUUCAUAUUAGAGAAGGAGUUGCAGGUAGAUGGUGCUCGUUUAUUUGAUGUUGAUGAAUCUAACCAAAUUAUUUUGAUUUCACGAAGGCUGGAUGGGAUAGGGGGAAGACAUGUGCUUACCAAGAUGAGUUUGAUACCUCCGUAUGACAGAGAUGAUAUUCUCCUUCCUAGAGAUACAAGAGCCAUUAGGGAUCUACGCAUUUCUUCUUCUAACAGUGAUCUUGCACUCUUUGCUUGCUUGGGGAAGAAAUUGUCAGUUCUCAGUAUGGAAAGCAACAAUGUCAUCCUUACCUAUGAUCUACCGGCCAAGCUGGCACAGAUUGGGCAUCUUCAGCCUAGUGGUUCAUGGUCUCUACUCUCUAGUGCAUAUAGAGCAGUGGCGAUGGCUGCUGCUUGGACAUGUUCAUGGGAUCUCAACAAUCCAUAUUAUGCUUAUGCUGGUUUACAGAAUGGCUCUCUUUGGGUGUUUGACAUGCGCCGAACCGCAGGGCCUGUUGAAUCUCGGAGAGGGCUUUCAAAUAACCCAAUUCAUACUGUACAUUCCCUUUCACAUAAUUCAGCUCUUCCUUCUGGUGCUAGAUCGGUGCUCUCCGCUUCUUCGAUUGGCUUAUGUCUGUGGAACUUUGGUUGUGCCGAAGAAGGGCCGACAUUAGUCCCUCAAACCGAGAAUCAAGGAGUUUGCAUAUCACUGGCGUAUUGUCCUAGCAAUGAUGACAUUGUUGCUUCCUACCGUCCCAAAGUUGAAAUGCCUGAUGAGACGCUCUUGUCUCAACCGCAGCUUACUCCUACCCGUGGUGGCUUUGGACAAGGAACAGUGGGUUCCCAUGUUCUCUUGAAGAGAGCAGACAUCAACUGUGUUGAUAGGUUGGGUUCUGCAUGCACCAAUGUAUGUGAUAUCGGGCUUCCAAAAUCUGCAAUCAUCAACGUUGGAAAUCAUAGGACAUUGUUUGCCUCUCAGGAUAAGUUGAGUUCUGAAUUAGUCUUACAAGAGCUACCGUCUUUUACGACCUUACAGCGCCUUAAAUUACAGAAAGAUCCUCUUCGCGAUCUGAAGUACAGUCCGGCGAUAAAACAAGGUCUACUUAGUUGUUUAAGUGGUGACAAACUGCAACUCUUCAGUACCAAGCUUUCAGGAAAGAGAUGAUCAUUUCAGGUGUGUAGUUGCUCAAUUUUUGCCUAAUGGUAAGGUUUUUAACUGUUUUGUAAAUAUUACUUUUUAUGUUUUGUAGGUUAGGAACAGUUCUAUAAAUAAGAAAAUUAAAAUUUC